UGGGGAGUUCUAGGGACAACUGUGGACACGAGCCUUUAUUGGAGGGAAUUUUGAGACCGGAAGUCACUUCGGUUUAGCCUGUUCGCGCAUAUCCCUUCCCCUCGCGACUCGGCCAUCAGCCCGUUGUGUCCGGCUUUGUACGACUCGAAAAAGUAGUGCCAUGCCUGAUCCAGAGAGAGCAGAGGGCAGCGACAUGGAGUCCGUGGAGGAUGAUGAGGGGAGAAUUGCCAAUCGUAUGAUGAAUCAGCAUGGAAUCCUGGCAGCUCUGCAAAAUCGUUUCAAUGUUGGCGCUGUCAUGGAGAAUCUCCCUGCGCCAGUCAAACGGAGGAUCAAGGCCCUUAAGCAGCUCCAGUUGUUGUCCGUCAAUCUCGAGGCUAAAUUCUAUGAGGAGGUGCACGCACUUGAAUGCAAAUAUCACAAGAUGUCAUCAAAUCUUUAUGAAAAAAGGAGUGGCAUUGUGGCUGGUCUAUACGAGCCCACCGAUGAGGAGUGCGUCUGGGAGAGCGAUGAGGAGGAGGAGGAGGGCAUCACCAAUGAUUUGAAGGAAAAAGUCAAGAUUGAGGAGAUCAAGGAGAAAAAGGACGAGACUGAGAAUGAAAAUACCAAGGGCAUUCCUGAUUUCUGGCUAACGAUAUUUAAGAAUGUAGGGAUGCUCGCUGACAUGGUCCAGGAGCACGAUGAACCAAUUCUCAAACAUCUUUAUGAUAUCAAAGUCAUGUUUUUGGAGAGCAACCCAAUGGGUUUCAUCCUUGAAUUCCAUUUCGAGCCAAACGAAUACUUUUCCAAUUCAGUCCUUUCAAAGGAAUACCUCAUGAAAUGCGUGCCAGAGAAAAAUGAUCCAUUUAGCUUCGAGGGGCCAGAGAUCUACAAGAGCACUGGCUGUACCAUUGAUUGGAAAAAGGGCAAGAAUGUAACUGUUAAAACAAUAAAGAAAAAUCAGAAGCACAAAGCCAGGGGCCAUAUGCGCACUGUCACAAAGACAGUGCAAAAUGAUUCGUUCUUCAAUUUCUUCUCACCACCAGUUGUUCCAGAUGAUCGUGAGGCGGAAUUGGAUGAGGACAUUCAGGCGCUUCUCACGAGUGAUUUCGAGAUUGGACAUUACAUUAGGGAGAGAAUUGUUCCUCGUGCUGUACUCUACUAUACAGGCGAAGGUCUUGAGGAUGAAGGGGACGAGUAUGAGGACGAGGGAGAUGAUGAUGAUGACUCGGAUAACGAGGAGACCGAGGAUGAUGAAAAUGAGGGUGAAGAGCCAUCGCGCAAGAACGUGACAAGAUCAGGUGGGAAGAUACAGGAAAUGGAUGCUGCUGAGUGUAAACAGCAAUAAAAAAAAUCUCAUCCAACGUGCUCUGUCGUAAUCCCUUAAUUUGUUAAUUGCCAAGAAGAUGUACAAUUUGAUAUAAACCAGGUUUCCACAUCUCUUUUUAUUGAAAAUAAUGAAAAAUGUAAAAAAAAAAACUAGAAAAUUUAGGAAGAAAUGGAACAAUUGCAUCUUUAACCAUCACACGUAUCGUGUCUCUUCGAUUACAGGUCAUGCAUAGAAAAAUCUUGGGUACCAUUCGAUCCCUCCCUUCUAUAAGUCCAAUGUGUGAAAUUCUGGAUGUUGCUGCUGUUUUAAAACAAAUUUUUGUGCAUUGAAAAGUUUUUUAAUAAUGAAUGAACAAAAACGGAUAAUAACUACGGAAAUAUGUGUUGAAAAAAUUAUUUGAAUUUAAUUCUUUGUUUAGUAACUUUGAUUAUUUAAUACCCUGUUGCCUUUUUUCACAUCAAAAUCAAAUGACCGUGUAAAAUAAAGACGUAAUUAUCGAA